UUUUUGGCACCUAGUCAGGGAAUUUAGCUCUCUGGGGAUAAUAGUAGAAAAAACAAUGAACAUAGUUUGAAAAUGAAGCAACACGGUCCGAAAUAUAUCAAACAAUACGCUGUCGGAAUUAUCGACUACAGUUCCCAAUAUGGCGGGGAAAAUCGGCGUAGCUUUUCCUACUCAGUCAGCAACAUAAUGGGAGAACCUCAGAUCUUCCCUAAGUAUGGUGACUUCACACAAGCCGCUGUUAUGAGAACUUAUGGGCCUUGGUGGGAGAAAUGUAGCUCGCCAAGUUUUAAGAAAGAUCAUAGGCCGAGAGCUUUCCCAUUCACAAGUCAGGAUUACAUUGAUGUUGUAUUUGACCAAGCUGUCUACCCAUGGUCCAUAGCAAUAUAUGAAACCUACAACCCAGGAUCCUUGGUCAGAAUAUUAGCAUUAUGUCAACGAUUUCCAAAACAAACAGCUAAAAGUGAUAAAAACAACAACGUGGGUACGGAUCCGGACAUACAAGGGAAAGCAAUUCCUCUUCCUUUAACCAAUGGUUUCACGCAUUGGGAGGUUCUAUGGGACAACCCGCAUCCACAGUCCAACCUUCCUAAUGAAGCUCGGAUGUUCGCUCCCAUCCUCCGAGAGAUUAAACAUCGGAGCAGGAUUAUAAGACUCGAGUUCUGCCAUUCUCAUCUUGAUUAUUACGCUGAGUUGGAUGCAGUUGAACUCACAGGCACGCUUGAGUUCAGCGGCUCAUCUGCCGUUGAUCCCCCUAGUGGCUCGUUAAGUAACAUGAGGAUCACUCAACCAUCAACAUCCACGAUGACUCCAUCCUUUAGCUCCGAGGAUCUUAUUUUCUCCGAAUCAAAGAUUGAUUAUUCACUUUCCUCCAAUGUUGAUCCUGAACCUCCAUCAGAAAGUGAUGCUUCAUGUUCAGAAGAGGAAGAGCCAAUCCAAUUCUCUCAUCCUGGAGGAAUGUUUAGUCUCCUCCCUGCUGAGCUGACGAGCAAGAUCUUUAGCUACCUCCCGUUUCCGGACAUUUGUCGAGCUGCUCAAGUCUGCUCCGUCUUCCACGACCAUAGCUACGACCCCUCACAACUCACCUGCCUUAAUCUUCACACCUACUGGCACAUGGUUAAUGAGAACACACUCAAAGGCAUCGUGAACCGUUGUCAAAAUGGCUGCACGGUUCAGACCCUCAACAUGCGUUGGGUUGGUGGUGGAGAUAUCAUUUCUCCCGACCAUUUUAACUGGUUCUUUAGGUCAUGUAACUUGUCCUCUCUCUCCUACCUAGAUGUUGGCUCUUCUCCGUGCAUCACUGACGAGGUUCUUACUACAAUGACAGCAGUGUUGCCAGGUUUAAAUCACCUUAAUAUUGAAUCUUGUGAUAAACCAAGCUCCGAAGGUCUUCGAGUGUUACACAAAUUAAAACAACUGGAAACACUGAAUUUAUACAGAACAAAGGUUGAUGAUGCGGGCAUCAUAUGUGUUCUACACUCCAACAAUAAUCUUCAAAGCUUAAACCUGGGCAGCUGUCAACAGAUAACGGAUUAUGAUAGGGUGUUCUGUGAGAUAGCUGCCCAUUGUAAACAGAUGCGAAUAAUCGAUGCAUGGCGAGCUCGUAGUUUAACAAGUCGCGGUUUGAAUGAGUUGGCGAAAAAUUGUCAAUUCUUGGAAGAACUUGACUUUGGAUGGUGUGGAACUCUUCAGAGCUCCACUGGUUGUUUCACAUACCUUGCAAGAUGUUGCCCUAAUCUUAAGAAGUUGUUUCUUACUGCGAAUCGUACUGUGGCUGAUGCAGAGAUAAGAAUGUUAGCUGAGUAUUGCAUCAAAUUAAGACAACUUGAUAUUUUGGGUACGCGACAAGUGUCAGUUGCCGCUGUAGAGUUGCUCCUCCACCAGUGCAAAGAUCUUCAAUUUCUUGAUCUUUCCUUCUGUUUUUCUUUCACUGUGGACGUCGUGAACCGUCUGCGAACGAUGUUUCCUGGCGUGGCGAUCAAACGCAGUUUUCAGGAGUGAUAUUUUACACCCCUAUAUUAUUUUUACCUUUUUUUAGACAAACUAGUGAAAUGUAGGAAAAGAUACGGCCGUGUUGCGUUUAACUUCUGCCUUAUUUGUGUUUGUAAAGACAACUUGUUGUCGGUGUUUGUUGUCUUUCUGUUUUCAUGGUGAGUUUUUUUUUGUGAGAUUUUAUCUUGGUUUUGCACACGCCGCCAGUUUCAGUAUUUUUCUGCAAGAAAAUAUAUUUUAGUUUAAAAUAAAUACCCUAUACCUCG